GCGUGGCUAUAGAUGUGGGGUCUGGUGAUUCCGGUUCCUGCGCAUGGCCACUCCUUAGCGAGGGCCAUGUGGUGCACAUGCGCGAGCCCAAGAAUGUAGUAGGAAUAUACCUUCCAGGAUUCCUAUGCGAAUUCAUCCAACUGACUCUUGACAUCAAUGGCUGGAAGCGCAGGGGCUUCCUCCACGGCGCAGUACAAGCCAAUGAGUACGUAAAAGAUGUCUUCGAGUCCAUUGACAACAUCCAUUUACUGAAGAUAGAUGUCGAUGACCGGGAGAGCUACGAAGCCGUGUUUGCUGGUGUGGGUCCAAUUUUGCACAAGACAGAGAUUGUUCAGAUCGAGAUGCUUGCUGAAGAGAUUGACAAAGCUGGUAUGGUUUGGAUCAUGGAGACGCUGAUGUCCUAUGACUUCCUCAUGUUCGGCUUGGAAGAUGUAGACACGUUCCCUGGUUUCCAGCAUGAUAGUCUUGGACGCCGAUGUGUCAAGGGUGAUCUCCGCUCUCGGAUGCAUUCAAAGGCA